AUGGACCAUGGUAUAGACCACUCUGGUCCAUAUAAAUAUACUUUAGUAAAAAAACGCAUACCAAGAUCUGUUCCAACGGGAACAAAGGUACCAAAAAAACGUGUUGGUAGCCGUGCUGUGGGUCACCGCACCAUUAUUGAUAUUCAUUUAGAAGUCUUAGACGAAUGUCAAAAAUGGGACCUACAUUCGACGAAAAAGGACUUUUUUGAAAUUUUGGUUGAAGAAUUUAUGGUACCCGAAUUUAUAAAGGACGAAAAGGUUACUAAGGAAGACUUUGUUCUUGAGGAAUAUAUUCCUAAGGAUUUUGUUCCUAUGGAACACCUUCAAAGUUCAGAUUCUGGGUUUGAGGGAGGAAGACUUUGUUCCUAG